AUGCGACGAAACAAUCAGAGCAUUCUACUACAACAUCUCCUUGAUAACUAUGGACCAAUCACAGUGCGACCGGUGCGUGACAUCAGCCGACCUACGAAUGUAACCUUCCGAAUCAUUCCGGUCGAGCUCAUCAAGUUUGGAGAGGAGAAUCAACAGGUUGAACUAUCAUUGGAUGUGCGGAUGAAAUGGAGGGAUGAGAACAAGCUGUGGGAUCCAAUGGACUACGACGGAGUAGAUUACGUAACUGUUGAAAGAAAUGACGUUUGGCUUCCCGACAUCGUACUCUACCAUAAUGUCGUCAAAGAAUUCAUCAGUCGCCCAGAUACGUACAUCACAGCAUGGAGUAACGGGAGCAUGGAUUGGUACUUUCCGGCCAUCGUUGCUACAGCCUGUCCUAUCGAUAUCACGUACUUCCCAUACGAUGUCCAGUAUUGUAACUUGACAUUUGGCCCUUGGUCAGAGACUGCAGAAAAGGUAAAUUUCCGAAUGUCAACCGAAGCUGAAGCCAACGCGACUUAUUUUCGUAAAAAUGGAGUCUGGGUUCUCGAGGAGAUAACAGCAAGUAACCUGUUCAUUCAUUCUUGCUGCUACGACUUAUCAUGGACUGCAGUCCAAUUUGUCCUUGAAAUCCACCGACAAUCAAGUUUCUACACCCGUACUGUCGUUGUUCCGUGUAUUCUCCUGACGGUAUUGAUGGUGCUCGUCUGUUGGCUUCAUCCAGCUUCGGGUGAGAAGGUGACUUUGGCCGUCAGUAACCUUCUGGCUUUGAUCCUCUUCCAGCAGCUCGUGGCCGACAGGCUUCCGCCAAGUGGAGAGACUACGUCUAUCAUCGGUAAAUAUUCAAUAAAGUAG